AUGGCGACCAACAGUGUUUUGAUCGGCUGUGCUCAGCAAGGCGACAUGGUCCUGGCCAAGAAGUACUACGACAAACUCAAGCAGAUGGGCCACUACCCCGACAGUAACGGCUAUGCUAGUUUGUUGCUCGGCAGUGCGCAGUGUGCCACUGACGAGGCUACCGAUGCGUUGAUUAUCCACGACGAGGCCAGACGCCAUGGAGUCAAGCCAACUACCUUUUUCUACAACGUCAUUAUCUCCAAGCUUGCCAAGGCCCGCAAGCUCGACCAUGCCCUGGGUCUGUUUGAGGAGAUGCGCCAGCUCAAGGUGGCACCCAAUGCGAUCACCUAUGGUACCAUCAUCUCGGCCUGUGUGCGUGCCGGAUCCGAGGUACAUGCACGCAGAUUCUUUGGCGAGAUGCUGUCUUCAUCGGUCUACCAGCCCCGGGUCGGUCCGUUCAACAACAUGAUGCAGUUCUAUGUACGCCAGCAGCCCAACCGCGAGCGGGUCCUGGAGUACUUUGGCGAGAUGCGCCGCCGUCACAUCAAGCCGUCUGUGCACACCUACAAGCUGUUGAUGGAAGCCUAUGCAUCCAUGGCCCCUUAUGACAUGCCAAUGGCCCACCGGAUGCUGCACGACAUGGAGCGCAAGGACAGGCUCCGCCCUCAGGCCACCCACUACGCCACCUUGAUCUAUGCCUACGGUACUCUGCAGCGCGAUCUCAAGAGCGCCGAGCGAGUGUUUGAGGAGAUGAACAAGGCCAAGGUCCAGGCCGACGAGGCGGUCUACCAGGCCAUGCUAGAUACCCUGAUCAGCAACGAUUGUCUGGAGCGUGCCGAGGCCAUGUACCACGACCAGGACAUGAUGGGCUCAAUCGUCAAGAGCAGUUCGCCGUACAUCGAGAAUCUGUUUAUCCGUGGAUAUGGUGCCAAGAAGCAGAUCCACAAAGCCGAGCAGAUGUUUGAGGCCAUGACCGAUGACCGCCAGACCACUAACAACAACAACAACAACAACGAAAAGGUUGUUGUGAUUCGGGAGCCAAGUACAUUUGAGGCCAUGGUACGGGCUUAUCUUGACAAUGAUAUGGUUGUCGAAGCCAAGCGAGUACUUGAUCUGAUGGUCCAGCGCGAGUUUCCUGAAAAGGUUGUUGCAGUUGUCGCAGACUUGGUGCUUGAUUAAAGAAAAUGAUAUUCUCUAUCUUGUUUAAUUUUUUUUAUUAUUCUUUAAAAUAAUUAAUACUAGAUAUAUAAAUAAUAAUAAUAAUAAUAAUAGUAAUAUGUUUCUGUGAGUGUGUAUCUAUGCCUGUAUAUAAAUAUAAAUAUGAUUUUCUUUAUUCUCUCUUGUACAAAAAUAAAAACCAAGCCAAACCAAACCAAACC